AUGGUUGUCGAAGCUGGGGGUUAUGAGUCAUUAACAUUUGAUGAGCGAGAUGCACGAAAUUACAUUGACAGAGCUAGAAAAUUAAGGCUUGGAGAAGGAGAUUCCGAUGCACUUCAAAAAUAUUUUUUGAGGAUGCAUGCACAAAAUUCGAGUUUCUAUUAUAUGAUUGAUGUUGAUACUGACUUUCGCAUAAGAAACUUGUUUUGGGCGGAUGCAAUGAGUCGGGCGGCUUAUGAAGAAUUUGGAGAUGUUGUUUCAUUUGACACAACUUACCUCACUAAUAAAUAUGAUAUGCCAUUUGCUCCGUUUGUAGGAGUUAACCACCAUGGACAGUCGAUUUUGCUUGGUUGUGGGCUGUUAUCUAGUGAAGACACUGAUACAUUUGUUUGGCUGUUCAAAUCAUGGUUAAAUUGCAUGUCAGAUCAUCCCCUAAAAGCUAUAAUAACUGAUCAGUGCAAAGCUAUGCAAAAUGCGAUAGAAAUUGUCUUCCCCAAUACUCGACAUCGAUGGUGUUUAUGGCAUAUCAUGAAGAAAAUUCCGGAGAAAUUGAAAGGGUAUUCCCAAUAUGAAUCCAUGAAGAUGGAUUUGCAAAAUGCAAGAAGAUUAGAAAUUGAUGAUCAGACAGGGAUUGAGGUGUCUAGAAAUUAUCACUCAAUGGUUGUUGAAGCUGAGGGUUAUGAGUCAUCAACAUUUGAUGAGUGA